AGGAUUCAAUAUGAAAGUCUUAUACAUCUUUGCUGUUCUUCUCCUGAUAACCAUCAGCGCUAAAACUGCCUUUGCUGAUUGUCUUUCCGGUAAUUAUGGAGGUCCUUGUGCAGUUUGGGAUAACGAAACCUGUCGUCGCGUAUGCAAAGGAGAAGGAAGAAUCAGUGGACAUUGCAGUCCCAGUUUGAAGUGCUGGUGCGAGGGAUGUUAGAUAUUUAAUUUUAAA